CGCACACACAGCGAGAGAGAGAGAGAGAGAGAGAGAGAGAAUGGAGGAGGUGGUGGUGAUAGUCGGAGCUGGGCCGUCGGGGCUCGCCGUGGCGGCAUGUCUGAAUAAACACUCCAUCCCAAAUAUAGUUCUGGAGCGCGACGACUGCAUCGCGUCGCUCUGGCGCAAGCGCUGCUACGACCGGAUGUCCCUCCACCUCGGGAAGCAGUACUGCGAGCUCCCCCACGCGAAGCACCUGCCCACCACCCCAACGUUCAUCCCCAAGGACGGAUUCAUCCGCUACCUCGACGACUACGCGUCGCGGUUCCAGCUCCGCGUCCUGCUUCGCCGCAACGUGGAGUCGGCGGAGUUCGACGCCGGCGCCGGGAGGUGGCGCGUCGCCGCGAGGAAUCUGGACUCGGACGCUGCAGAGGAGUACCUGGCGAGGUACCUCGUGGUGGCGACUGGGGAGAAUGAUGGCAUCGUUGUGCCGGAGAUUCCCGGUCUGGAUGGGUUCGAUGGCCCGGUUUUGCACUCGAGUCAGUACCGGUCCGGUUCGGUCUUUAAGGCCAAGGAUGUCUUGGUUGUUGGCUGUGGGAAUUCCGGCAUGGAGAUUGCUUUCGAUCUGGCUGACUCCGGGGCCCACACCUCUAUUGUAGUCAGAAAUCAGGUUCAUCUAGUAACGAAGGAUAUAUGGUUGUUUGCUAUGUUUAUCAUGAAACUUUUGCCAUUGCAUUUGGUGGACAGGAUUAUUCUUUUUCUUUGUUUUAUCAAGUUUGGAAAUACAUCCAAGUAUGGCAUACGUAGACCAGCCAAGGGGCCCAUGUAUUUGAAGGUAAACAGCCCGGUGUAUCCUGUUGUCGAUGUUGGCACGUUCAAGAAAAUACAGUGCGGAGAAAUUCAGGUUCUGCCUUCUAUAGCAAGCAUAAAAGGCAAUGAUGUGACAUUUUCCAAUGGAAAGCUACAUCACUUUGAUGCCAUCAUUCUAGCUACGGGCUAUAGAAGUGCAAUAAAAAAUUGGCUCAAGAGUGAUGAUUACCUAAUUGGUGAUGAUGGAAUGGCUAAGCAAAAAUUUCCAGAACACUGGAAAGGGAGAAAUGGGCUCUACUGUUCAGGGCUUGUAAGAAGAGGAAUUUAUGGGUCUGCGGAGGAUGCAUUAAGUAUAGCUAAUGACAUUAGUAAUAGCUAUCAAAUUGACCUAGGCAAAACAUUGUAGAAGGUGCCAAAGCCUGCAAAAGUGUAAUAAGGAUUAAUCAAGUUGGCUGCUUGCAGUAGUACAUCUUUUAUCUUGAAUAAGUAUUGACCCGGAUGUUGUGUGAACAAUAAGAUAUUUAUUUUCUAAUGUUCCAUUUAGGCUAUUGGAAAUUUAUAUCUUAUUGGCAGAGCAUUUUGGUGUUCUUUGAUGGCUCUUAA